UUGCAUCCCUACGUACAAGCGUUAACUCUGUCCGACAUUGAGAGCUGCGUGAAGCUGGAAGAGGCAGCCUUCCCACCGACUGAACGGUGCAGUAGAGAGAAAUUUGAGUACCGACUCACGAAAGCCGGAAACAUUUGCUUAGGACUCUUCAGUUCCUCUACUCUGACUACCAUUGACGAUCCUCCAAUCACCUUCGAGACAUCACGACCGGCCGAUUCUUUCCAUCCGGCACGCACGUCCGUCCUUAUUGGCCACGUAAUCGCAACGAAAACCUGCAAUGACACCAUCCAUGACGAAGACAUGGCCAUUGACCUCGACUGGCAACGCCGCUCCACCAGCAACGUGCCGUCGUCCCACCACCCAGAACUCGGUCGCACCGUCGCCAUCCAUAGCUUAUCGAUCCUACCCCAGUACCAACGUGGAAGGCUCGGGGAGAUGCUUCUCGGGGCGUACUGCCAGCGCAUCGAGAGCAGCGGCCUGGCGGAUCGGAUUGCCUUGCUUACUUACGAUCGACUGGUCGACUUCUAUGUGAGGCAAGGGUUUCACAAUUGUGGGCCGAGUAAGGCGACAUUUGGCGGGCAGGCGUGGAAUGAUCUGGUA